CUUCGUGUGACUUUGACCUUGUUUUUCAAGUGUCUUCUACUGUCUUGUUGGCCACACCUCCCAUCCUUCGCAAAAUUUCCAUCUCACCUUGCCCUACAAUUAACGCCAGCCGUUUACCGCCAUGUCCGUUGUUUCUCUCCUUGGGGUUAAGAUCCAAAACAACCCCGCCCCUUUCCUCGCUCCCUAUCAAUUCGAAAUCACUUUCGAAUGUCUUGAGCAGCUGCAAAAAGACUUGGAAUGGAAGCUCACUUACGUCGGUUCCGCGACAUCGUCCGAAUAUGAUCAAGAACUUGACUCUCUUUUCGUCGGUCCCAUCCCCGUUGGCGUAAACAAGUUCAUCUUUGAAGCCGAAGCACCGGACCUUAAGCGGAUUCCAACAUCCGAAAUCCUUGGCGUCACUGUGAUUCUCCUCACCUGUAGCUAUGAUGGUAGAGAAUUCGUCCGUGUUGGUUACUAUGUGAACAAUGAAUACGACUCGGAGGAUCUCAGCGCAGAGCCUCCUGCAAAGCCAAUCAUCGAGCGGAUCCGUCGAAACAUCCUUGCGGAGAAGCCAAGAGUGACUAGAUUCGCAAUCAAAUGGGACUCGGAAGAAUCUGCACCAGCCGAAUAUCCCCCAGAUCAGCCAGAAGCUGAUAUUCUGGAAGAUGACAGCGGUGCCUAUGGUGCUGAAGAGGCGGAGCUUGAAGCCGCCCUAGUAAGAGAACUUGCGGAUGCAGAGAGAGAUGUGAAGGGUGAAGAUCAUGAGAUGGAGGGCGCCGAGCCCGCUAUCAAGGAGGAAGAAGAAGAAGACAUCUCCGAUGCUGAAAGUGAAGAUAUCGAAGAUGAAAGCGAUGAUGAUGAUGAGGAUCUCGACGAAGAAGAGGCCGGUGAUGGUGAUGAGGAUGUCGAGAUGGGUGACGACUCCGAACAGAAAGAUGAUGGUCCCAAGGCUGAUUCUACAAAUCAACAUUCUCACCAGCCAGAGGUUAUGGUUCACUAGGUUGAACAUCUCUUGAAAUACGCAUUGAUAUCACCCCUCUUACUUCCUGACAUUUAUUUUAACAAGUUUGUUUUACAUGAUUUUACGAUUCAGUUGCAACGUUAUGAUGACAACCCUACCAGCCCUACUAUCGUUUUACAAAAUCACUGCAUCUAGUUUAUGAUAUAGAACCAACAUAAUCUAACGAAUGAAUAGUUGCUAGG